CGGGGGUGGGGCGGAGCGGUCUGAGACGUGGACGAAGAAGGACCGUCAGGAGGUGCUGUCGCUGCUGCUGAGGUUCGGGCUGCCCUCGGGAGCAGGAGCGGCGGCAGCAGCGGCGGCGGCUCAGAAGCCGGCAGCAGGAGAGGAGGCGGCGCCAUGUGCGCCAGCUGGUGACACGGUGACGGGGUCGGUGACGGCGGCAGGAGCAGCGGGAAGGGAGCAGGGUGCAGGCGGUCCGGAGGGAGAUGAGGGGGGUGUGGGGUUGCUGGUGGAGCUGGCUAGGAGCCACUGUCCCCGCCUGGCUGCCAAGAGCUCGGCGGGCAUCCAACAGGCCAUUCGGGACUUGUUGGGGGAGAUUGAGGAGCUGCUGGGGCCGCAGGGGGACGCAGCUGCGGGGGCAGCAGCGGGUGAGGCAGCGGGCGGGGCGCCGCGGACGCCCCGUGCUAGUCGGCAUGCGCCGGGCUGCGCUUGCCGCAUCUGUCAGAACAUUGCCAAGUACAAUGCGGGGCUGCAGGCCGCGAAUGCCGGUGGUGAGGGGGCUGCUGCUGACGCUGGUAAUGGUGCUGGUGCUACUGCUGGGGGAGCAGCCCUUGAAUCGGCUGCUGAGGCUGCUGCUGUUAAGACCACGACGGCAGCGGGUGAAGCAGCGGCGGAAGGAGCCGCGGCGGCUGGUGGUGCUGGUGGCACUGACGGUGGCGGAGGAGCAGCAGAUGGGGCGGAGGCGGGGGCCGGUGGAGUUACACCGGGCAAGCAGGGCG